UCGAGGGGUGAGUUCAUUCUGUCGAUAAACGACUAAUGACACUUGUACAGAAGCCAGUAAAGUAAUGAAAUUUAUUCUUUAUCAAACAUUUUAAUAUUAAAAAAAAAAGUUACUAAACUACUGUAUAGUGUAUGAUACUAUAGUGUAUUUGUGUGUUAUCAACACAGAGCGAAAUAAUUCCCAGUCAUACCGAUAGGUAGCACUAGAGUAGAGAUGAUAAAGUAAAUUAUUAGUAAAAUGGCAGCAGAGACUACGGACGAGGAGGAAGAAGAAGAAAUGGAAUCGAUAAGAAGUGGGGUGGAAAUAAAAUUCGAAAAGAAAAUUAGAGAAAAUAGGAAAAAGAAGAAAAAAGAAGAAAUGGAACUUCAACAACCCGAAACCUUUAUAAUCAAAGAGAAAUUCCAAGUUCAAAACACAAAUAAGAACGGAAAGAAAAAUGAAGAAGAAGAAACUAAACUUGUACAAUGCGACGCCAUCAUUCCAGCCGAAGAACAACAGCUAAACACUUCCAUGGCCAUUGAGAAAAGUUGGAUAUCAUCGAAUAGGAAACUAGACUACGACAUGUUAAUUAAAUGUGCGAGUUUAUAUUAA